GUUCAUCUCAAUACUUCAAAACUCCUAAGAACUUCACAAAUCCAGUGUGUGGGUCUUCCAGUGAGUUGGAGAGGAUUGAGGAACCAUGGCACAGUUUGGAACCUUGAUAUGGACUAUAACUAUUAUAUUGGUGCAUGUAAGCAUUGGAUCCUGUAUUGCAUGUGGUAGAGCAGAGUACAGAACAGGUGUUGAAUGUUGUCCUAUGUGUUCACCAGGAAAUCAUGUACAUAAGCAUUGUACUGAAUUCACCAGCACCAGCUGUGUGCCCUGUGUUGAUUCUACAUUCCUUGAAGAGCCCAAUGGUCUCAUAAAAUGCAAAGUGUGUACCAACUGUGAUCCAGGUUUGGGUUUGAUGGUAAAGCAGCCAUGUAGACCUUCAUCAGACACUGUCUGUGGGACACUGGAGGGGUUCUACUGUCUAGACCCAACUAAGGAUGGUUGUAGAGCAGCCCAGAGACACAGCAGCUGUAAACCUGGUCAAUACAUCAGCCACACAGGAACAACAUCUACAGAUACUGUGUGUUCUGACUGUACUGGUGACACCUAUUCAGAUGGAUCAUUAACAUCUUGUCAGCCACACACAGAGUGUAAAUCCUUAGGUCUUCAAGAACUUAGACCAGGAACUCAUUUGUCCAAUUCUGAAUGUGGACCACAAUCCUCACAAAUAGAACCUGGAAUCAUCAUUGGUGUUGUUCUGGCAUCAGUCCCAAUAGCUCUUGCAAUAACAAUAAUAAUAAUAAUAGGAUUUGUAAUUCUAUGGAGGAGAAAAAGUCCAACAACAGUGACUUUUUCUCCAGUGACAGUAAAUGCUGUAGAGGUAUGUUGAUAUAAUCUACAUGUUGAACAGUCACUGUGCUAAGGUUAGCUGAGCAGAUGUUAUUAUUGCUCUACUUACUCUGGGGCUGAACUAGAAAUGUUUUAUUGAGUAAUAUGUUUCAUUCUAUUAGGCAUCAUCAGAUUUAGAGGAAACACCAAGCAAUCUAGUACAAUGAAAUAGAAGAAAGUACAGCAUCUUGCAGGUGUUAGUUUUGUAGAUGAUUCAAGCUCUGACCGCACUCAUCAUUACAAAUGCUACCUGAGGUGAACUUGUGGUAAACUGGGAACUCUGGGGAAAGGACAAGGACAACACUAAAAGGGCACUGAACCCACACGUGGCGCCUCCACAAUACACUGAACCCAGACGUGAUGCCUCCACAAUACACUGAACCCACACGUGGCACCUCCACAAUACACUGAACCCACACGUGGCGCCUCCACAAUACACUGAACCCAGACGUGGUGCCUGCACAAUACACUGAACCCACACGUGGCACCUCCACAAUACACUGAACCCACACGUGGCACCUCCACAAUACACUGAACCCACACGUGGCACCUCCACAAUACACUGAACCCACACGUGGCACCUCCACAAUACACUGAACCCACACGUGGCACCUCCACAAUACACUGAACCCACACGUGGCGCCUGCACAAUACACUGAACCCACACGUGGCGCCUGCAUGAUACACCUGAAUACCUGCAUACAUACUGGACUGGAAUGGCAGACCAAGGAGCUGCUCUCACUUAUGACUCCACUGUCUGAUGAAGAAACAAAGCCGCUUGAUGACAUUGGAUCCUCCUCAAGAGGUCAAAGGGCAGACUAACCUCUCAGGCAGUAACAUCCCAGUCUGCUUCAGUGGCCCAGAAAACAGGAGCAAACCCAGACUCAGAGAUGGAUAGCCUUCCUCUCCUCUGAGGACCCAGCGAGGGUGGAGCACAGUCUGAGAGCUGUUGAGUGAGAACACUUCUACAGCCAGACAGUCAAGAAAUGGAACAGCAAGGCCACAGAACAUGACACACGCAGAGCUGUGGGAGACCACCUGAAACAUUCCCCUGGUAGAGCCAGGGGAUGUGUUUACCACACCACCACCAAACGCCUUUAACAGGCUUGAAAAAUGGGUUUGAUCUGUUUGAUCCAUUUUAUUUGUUUCAGUUUUCAUUAGUUGAAUCCUUCGACUUACUGUUGACAAAAAAAACUUUAUUUAACAAAAAUGCACUGGAUUGGUUCAAAGGUGAUACUAAACUUACAUAAUUUUGACAUAGAGGAAGAUAUACUGAAUUUAUACAGUUUUUCAUUCUAAGACGGACUAAAAUAUAUGUUACUUGCACAUUUUUGUUCAUUAUUUUUGCAAGAAUGUUGAUUGGUCGGUCAUUGGGUUCGUUAGUUUUGCAAUUUGUUGAUGCCAUUGAUUAUAAGAGUAAGAAUAUGAUGCAAUAUCCAACCCUUGUUUUACUCCAUUGUUUGUAAACAAUAUAAUCGUUAAAAAAAAUGUCAGUUGGUUGCAUAAAUAAUGACGAUUACUAAAUGUUACAUGAAAUGUAAACAUGAAAUAUCAGAACCGAAUAGAAACGCCUUUGUUAAAAUGUAAUGGCAAUAAUUCACUUAAUGGUAAGGCAUGGAAUAAUAAAUGUAUUAUUUUUCACGCUG